GGAGGUAGUUGAAGUGCAUUUUGAAGACGACGAACCAGAUACCUACCUGCCAUUUUAAUGCAAACAAGGAAACAAGACAUAGAUAUUAAAUAGACGUUGCUUAAUUAUCCACAAAGCGGUUAGGGGCAAAUCGAAAAUGGACUAAAACUGAUAUCACAAACCCUCUUUGUAAAUACCGUUUACUAGCCUACUAUAGAAUAAUAAGCAGGUAUCAUUUUCAGCAUUGUAGCCUAUAUCUAUUCAUGCACGUCGACUGUGUUACGUGCUUAACGUGAACUUCCUUGGUAGAACCUCGGAAUUUAUUUUAAAUCAAGAGGUAGGCUACAGAAUCUAGACGUCAAAAAUCAGGUGACUGCGAACUGUUCCGCUCCUUUCCUCUUUACCUCAAUGAAAGGGGUUGUAAACAGGAGAAGUUUGUCAAGUCCGUCUCAGUUUCCCAACCAUAGAUUUCUAGACAACAGCGACUGGUGUGCAGACAUUUUCAGAAGUCUCUCGGGAAUCAGUCGUUCCAUCUUCGCAACUUUCCAGAUGCAAGUAGGAAGAUGGAAGUAGACCUGGGCAGUUUAGUAUCGAACUCGAGGAUGCAUAUCAUUGCGUGACUUCUGAUGUGGGCGUAUCUGCAGACAAUAACAUUAGCUACGCUGCAAUCAGAAUGGGAGACUGGAGUGCUUUGGGGAGGCUCCUUGACAAGGUCCAGGCCUACUCCACCCCUGGAGGAAAGGUCUGGCUCUCUGUCCUCUUUAUCUUCCGGAUCCUGGUCCUGGGGACGGCUGUGGAGUCUGCCUGGGGGGAUGAGCAGUCGGCAUUUAAGUGCAACACCCAGCAGCCUGGCUGCGAGAAUGUCUGCUAUGACAGAUCCUUCCCCAUCUCCCACGUUCGCUUCUGGGUCCUGCAGAUCAUCUUUGUCUCCACACCAACACUGCUCUAUCUUGGCCACGUCUUCUACCUGAUGCACAAGGAGGAGAAGCUGAACAAGAAGGAGGAGGACCUGAAGGUUGUCCAGGGGGAGGGCAUUGAUGUGGAUGCAGCACUACAGAAAAUUGAGUUCAAGAGGGUCAAGUAUGGGAUAGAGGAACACGGGAAGGUCAAGAUGAAGGGUGCCCUCCUGCGCACCUAUGCUGCAAGCAUUGUCUUCAAAUCAGUCUUUGAGGUGGGCUUCCUGGUGAUACAGUGGUACAUAUAUGGGUUCAGCCUGGCAGCUGUGUACACCUGCGAGAGGCUACCCUGCCCACACAGGGUCGAUUGCUUCCUGUCCCGACCUACGGAGAAAACGGUCUUCAUCAUAUUCAUGCUGGUGGUAUCCCUGGUAUCCUUGCUCCUCAAUGCUAUUGAGCUCUUCUAUGUAUUCUUCAAGAAUGUCAAGGACCGGGUGAAAGGGAAGGAAGACCAAUUUCACAACAGCGGCACCCUCGGUUCCAUUGUCAAGGACAUGUCGCCCUCCAAGUAUGCCUACUACAAUAGUUGCUCCUCUGCUGGAGUCCCCUUGUCUCCAGUAUCACCCCCAGGGUACAAGCUGGCAACUGGGGACAGGACCAUGGGCUCCAGCCGCAAUUAUAACGAACAGGCAAAUAAGCAGAACUGGGCCAAUUACAGCACUGAGCAGAACCGGCUGGGUCAGAAUGGGAGUACCAUCUCAAAUUCCCAUGCCCAGCCAGUCCAUUUCCCUGAGGACACUCAGGAUCACAAAAAAUUGACUGCCGGGCAUGAACUUCUGCCCCUUGGGUUGCUGGAUCCUCGGCUAAUCAGCAGGGCCAGCAGUCGGAUGAGCAGUCGGGCAAGGCCAGGUGACCUUGAUGUCUAACCAGCCAUGGUAACACUCCACUUCUUUCCCCUCCUUCCCUCCAUUGCCACCUGGUGGACAACAAUGGGCAUAGCCUCUUCUAGAGACAGUAGUAACCAUGGAGGCUUAAGAUUACUCACAUUACUGGAGAUACAAUCCAUCAAUGAUACUGACUGAAAGUAAAAGCGCUAACAACCAUUAAUUACAAAAAGAGUUUACAGUGGAGAGAUGAGUACUAAAAAUGGAUACAACAUUCCGCCUGUCAAUUGAUCCUGAUCUGCAAUUAAGAACCCACAUGGAGAAAGAACCAGAAUCCUCUCAGUGCUACAGGACUAUGUUUACCUUUAUCCACAUGGGUUCUAUAUGAUACCCAACAGUCCAAAAUGUCACUCUGAAAGAUGAUUUCCCACGCAAAAUAUUUUAUUUUUGACAUUACACUUUGAUCUGAUAGCUUACAUUGAUUUUUGUCUUACAUUUGAAAAAUCUGUCAAAAAAAUCACUUGGGUCACUAUUUCUGUAAAUAAUCAUCAGGUCAAAUUCACUAAUAAAUAUCUUAUUUGUUUUCA